UCAGCAGUCCAGGCCCCGGCUGCCGUGCACAGAGACAGGGGGAUGGGUUUCACUGCGUCGGGGACCUAGCCUGCAGCACGGGCUUUGGGGAGCACCGGGGCGUGGGGCUGCGGGGCUCCGGAGGUCCUGGGCGCUCGGUCCGAAGGCUCGGCCUUUGCAGCCAAGGCUGCUCCGGACCCGCCCCCGGAAGGUGCCGCCCCCGUCCCCCCCGGCAGGUGACGUGCCCCCGAGCGGCCGGCGGCCGCCAGCACCGGCCCAGGUCCGCGCAGGGCUGGCACCGCCCCCGCGGUCACCGCCCCGCGGCCACCGCCCCGCGGCCCCCACGUGUCCACGGCGCCAGCGGUGCCCGCGGUCCUGGGCAUGGCGCGCGCUGCAGGGCCGGAGCGGCGGGUUCUGGCCGUCUACACUGGCGGCACCCUCGGCAUGCGGAGCGAGCAAGGUGUGCUUGUCCCCGGGAGAGGCCUAGCUGCCAGUCUGAGGGCGCUGCCCAUGUUCCAUGACCAGCAGGCCCAGGUCUGCAGCCUCCCGGACGACACCCUGGUCCUGCCGCCUGCUGGCCCUGACCAGAGGAUCAUCUACACGGUGCUGGAGUGCCAGCCCCUCUUCGACUCCAGUGACAUGACCAUCACCGAGUGGGUUCAGAUCGCCCAGAUCAUAGAGAGACACUACGACCAGUAUCAUGGCUUUGUGGUCAUCCACGGCACUGACACCAUGGCCUUCGCAGCCUCCGUGUUCUCCUUCCUGCUGGAAAACCUGCAGAAGCCCGUCAUCCUCACCGGUGCCCAGGUUCCCAUCCACGCGCUGUGGAAUGACGGCCGGGAGAACCUGCUGGGGGCCCUGCUCAUGGCCGGCCAGUACGUCAUCCCAGAGGUAUGCCUGUUCUUCCAGAAUCAGCUGUUUCGGGGCAACCGGGCAACGAAGGUGGAUACUCGGAGGUUCGCGGCCUUCAGCUCCCCCAACCUGCCCCCACUGGCUACUGUGGGUGUGGACAUCACAAUCAACAGGGAGCUGGUGCGGAAGGCCAGCAGCAAGGGCCGGCUGGUGGUGUGCAGCAGCAUGGAGCGGGACGUGGGCCUGCUGCGCCUCUUCCCUGGCAUUCCUGCCUCCCUGGUUCGGGCCUUCCUGCAGCCCCCUCUGAAAGGUGUGGUCAUGGAGACCUUCGGCUCGGGGAACGGGCCCACCAAGCCAGAACUGCUGCAGGAGCUGCGGGCGGCAGCUGAGCGUGGCCUGGUCAUUGUCAACUGCACCCACUGCCUUCAGGGGACGGUGACUGCAGACUAUGCAUCUGGCAUGGCCUUGGCGGGAGCCGGCAUCAUCUCUGGCUUCGACAUGACGUCUGAGGCUGCCCUGGCCAAGCUGUCCUAUGUGCUGGGCCAGCCGGGGCUGAGCCUGGAUGAUAGGAAGGCGCUGCUGGCCCAGGACCUUCGAGGGGAGAUGACUCUGCCCCCAGUGAGUGAGCGUGGGUCCUCACUUCAGGGCAGCACACUGAGCCACGGGGUCUCCUGGCUCCUCAGUCUGAGCAUUGGCCAGGAGGCUGAGGCCAUGUGGCAUGCCCUGACACCGGGUCUGGCCCUUGCUGCAGCCCACUCUGGUGACCUGGGGGCCCUGCACGCACUUGAGAGGCUGGGCACUGGUCUGAGCCUAGAAGACCCUGUUGGUCAAACCCUGUUGCACAUGGCAGCCCAGCGAGGCCACACCGGGGUGGUAGCCCUGCUGCUGCAGAGAGGAGUGGAUGUGAAUGCCCGGGAUGAAGACGGCCUCAGUCCUCUGCUGCUGGCCGUGAGGGGCAGGCAUCGAGGUGUCAUUGGGUUGCUGCGGGCUGCUGGGGCCUGCCUGUCUCCCCAGGAGCUGGAGGACGCAGGGACGGAGCUGUGCAGGCUGGCCUCCCGGGCAGACAGCGAAGGCCUGCAGGUGUGGUGCCAGGCGGGGGCCGACCUGGGGCGGCCGGGCUAUGAUGGGCGCAGCGCCCUGCACGUUGCGGAAGCAGCCGGCCACCUGGAGGUGACAGCCCUCCUGCAGAGCCUGGGCCCGUGUUUUCAGGAGACCUCACAUUUUCAGCAAGUGCUGCCUGGGGUCUCGCCUGAAGCUAUCCUGCUGAGUAAGCCAUAAGCCAUUCCUUCCUACUGUGACCCGCUGGACAGACUUCCCGAAAGCCUAGAGGCCUCUGUUGGGCAGAAUGGCAAUACAGUUGCCGUGGGGGAGCUGUCCCCCCAGG